CAAAUAUUCAGUUUUGCUAACCUUCAAAACAUCUAAAAAUUUUCCCCAUUUGUUUUUUCUUUUUAUGACAUUAACGACAAUUAACAGCACCCACUCACAGCUAAAUAUAUUAAACUUAUUAUGUGCCUUUGUUCAAUAAAUUUGGGGAUUUAAAAGCUCUUUGAUGCUUUGAAUCAGAGGCCCCAAAACCUUGGUUUAAAGCCUUAUGUUUCUCCACGGACACGGUAGGGCUGUGUUGGUGGUUAUUUGUCAAGCUGAUGUGCAGAGGAAUUUUUUCAUUCAUCAAGGUGCCCUACGAGACUCUCAACAAGCGCUUCCGAGCAGCUCAAAAGAACAUCGACAGGGAGACAAGUCACGUGACCAUGGUGGUGGCCGAGCUGGAGAAGACGCUCAGCAGCUUGCCUGUGGCGCACUCGGUGGCGUCCCUUUUGGACGGCGUGGUGGAAAAGCUCAACGCAUUGAAACGAAAGGCUGCAGAGUCUAUCCAGGCUGAAGACGAAAGUGCCAAGCUGUGCAAACGGCGCAUAGAGCACCUAAAGGAACACAGCAGCGACCAGCCUGCCUCGGUCAACCUGUGGAAGAAGAAGCGCAUGGACCGCAUGAUGGUGGAGCACCUGCUGCGCUGCGGCUACUAUAACACGGCCGUCAAACUGGCAAGACAGAGUGGAAUCGAGGAUCUGGUCAACAUCGAGAUGUUCCUCACGGCGAAGGAGGUGGAGGAGUCCCUGGAGAGGCAGGAGACUGUCACCUGCUUAGCCUGGUGCCAUGAUAACAAGUCCCGCCUUCGCAAAAUGAAGGAGGAAAGCCAGCUGUGUGAGCCUGCAUGUGUGGACCACCACCACUCUAAUGGACAGGACACUGAAGUGAUGAGCUGUCUGGAGUUCAGCCUGAGAAUCCAGGAGUUCAUCGAGCUCAUCCGACAGAACAAACGAAUGGACGCCGUCAGACACGCAAGAAAACACUUCAGCCAAGCAGAGGGUGGACAGUUGGAUGAAGUCCGGCAGGUGAUGGGCAUGCUGGCGUUCCCCUCAGACACACAUAUCUCACCGUAUAAGGAUCUGUUAGACCCGGCCCGUUGGAAGAUGCUGAUCCAGCAGUUCCGGUAUGAUAACUACCGACUGCACCAGCUUGGCAACAACUCCGUCUUCACCAUCACCCUGCAGGCCGGGCUGUCAGCCAUCAAGACGCCUCAGUGCUACAAGGAGGACGGAACCUCCAAGAACCCCGACUGUCCCGUGUGCAGCAAAUCCCUAAACAAGCUGGCGCAACCUCUGCCCAUGGCCCACUGCGCCAAUUCCAGACUGGUGUGCAAGAUCUCCGGUGAGGUCAUGAAUGAGAACAACCCUCCAAUGAUGCUGCCCAACGGAUAUGUUUACGGCUACAAUUCCCUGCUGUCCAUCCGCCAAGACGAUAAAGUAGUUUGCCCCAGAACCAAAGAAGUAUUCAGCUUCUCUCAGGCUGAGAAGGUCUACAUCAUGUGAUCACGCCUUGUAACGACAAAACGCAACAACAACAAAAUGCCAGAAAGCACCCCUCUCUCCACCAAGACCCAAGCUUUCCCCACAUCUUCAUCUCACAAGACACCAGGAUGCUUCCCCCAAAACUGCUUGGUGUCCAGAAGAUUAGAUCGACAAAGGAGGAUGGGUGAUCUUCCAGUACAUCACCCCUCUGAUUUCUCUUCCCCCGCUCCGGUGGCUCUAAAAGCUGCAUCAGGACUGCUUUACAAAUGUAAAUAGAUAGUCUUUGUUCAUCACCUCGGGGAGGGGGGCACGACUGAAAGUCUUUUGUCGACUUUCCCUUCUCGUUUAUUUUCUACAGUCGCGUACUAAUUCACGACGAGUGUCUUUAACGACAAUGCUAGUCUUCCGCUUGUUUGUGUUAUGGCCUUGGGUGAGGUUGAAUUGCAUUCCUUUUCACCACACGGCUUCAUUUGACGGAAGUUUGGCGAUAGGUUACAGGGUGUCCGUAAAGCAAAAUUGUUCACAAAUUUAGGGAUUUUGGCUGAAAUUUGAUGGUGAACUUAUAUUGCACUGUUAGCUUUACAUGUGAAUCGCAUUUGAUUUCUAAACUUGUUGAAUGCACAAUUCCAACUGUUGAUCUUUCACUGCGUUUGGCUCUAUAAUUAGGAGCGAAAUUUCAAAGCCCAGAAUGACAAUUUAAUACAUGUACCUGUAGAUAGUUUUAAAUCACUUAGAUGACAUAAUUGACUUGCCUUGUGUUAGCUUCAAGGCUGGACAGGGUUUCGGAUUACUGCUCUUAAAGGGGAAGUUUAGAAUCUUUGACAUCAGGCAUAAUCUUCGAGUUAGCUAGCUAGCUAGAGUUGAAUUAGUCGGUGGAGUUUAUUUCAACAUAUUCCGUGUAGUUUGUCAGUUAUUUGUUAGUUUCAGGGCUCCGGAGUGGCUAAGCUAGCGUGAGUCAAUUGGGCUGACUUAGCAUGCCAAUAAAAAACAACAUGAAAAUCAUCGAUGACCCAUGCAAUCAAUUGUGUUGGCUAUGGUGCGGAGUGAUAUCACCUCGUUUUUUUUUCCACUGCUGAUUUUUUGUUGUAGCCAGCAGCAAUUAACCAGUUUAGGUUGUUCCUCGUUCGUUGUAGGGAAUUUGUAGAAGCUUUCCUCAUUUCUUCUGUUUCCACGGCCUCUAAAUGCACAUUUUGCCAUGCUGCUGGCCGUUAACUCAGCAGACUGAUGCUGCAUUCGAGGAAUGUAGGAAGUCAGAGUUUCCAAUCGCCGAUCUAGAAAAAUAUCAUUGGAACGCCUCCACUAUUUGAUCGCUUAUUAGAAGGCAGGUUUGCUGGAGGUCAAAAUGUCUUUUAAAGGCCAAAAUAAGUGGCGAUCAGCCAUCUUUGCUGUUUACAUUCGCUCAAAACGCUUUGAGGUCGCUACUGGUACCAUCCGAGCGGGAUAAGUCCGACUUCCCACCUUCCUCGAAUGCAGCGUGAGCAUGAGUGGCCGAAGCACUCCUCUUGAUUGUGGUGGUAUUACGAAUCUAAAAAAAAAAAAAGUCCUGCAUUAAUGAAAUGAAUUACGGCAGUUUUGUGUGACAUUGUUUCGGAACAAUGAUCUGCAUUUUGAAUUUAUUUGACUAUGCUGGAUCUGUUCGUAGAUCUGUGUCGUUUUUUUAUUGGCAUGCUAGGAAGGGACUAUUGAUUCGUGCUAGCUUAGCCUCUACGGAGCCCUGAACUAAAAAAAUACUUACAAACUGCACAGAGUUUGUAGUUGAAAUCAACUCCGCCAAGUAAUUAAACCCCCGUGAUUAAGCCUAAUGUCAAAAAUUCUUAACCUCUGCUUGCUCUUAUGUACAUUUUUAACUACUAGCUGCUAGUCGACUGGCCACUUAACCAAAUUUUAGAACCCAUUGUGGCCCUCCUCAGUUAAAAUGUUUGCCCAAAACUAGUAUAACGUGCCAGCCAAUAUUUGUUUCUUCCGUCAUUGGUAUGCACAAAGAUAUGAUUGAGUUCAAAGGCCAAAGAAAAAACAAAAAUAAGACUACAAGAAUAAAGUCAUACGUUUUAAUACUACGAGAACAGUCAAAAUAUUACAAGAUUGAAGUUGUAUGGCAUGGGGGCCGAGUGGCUAGCACGUCCAGCUUACAGUUCUGAGCUCAAGGUUUUUUCCGGCGACUCCGGCUUCCUCCCACAUCCCAAAAACAUGCGUGAUUGAACACUCCAAAUUGUUUUUUUUGUGAUGAUUGGCUUUUUCAUUGUGCCCAGCGAUUGGCUGGCUAGCAAUUCAGGCCAUGGCAUGGAAAAUGAAUCAAAGUUGUAUUAUCAUGGGGGAAAAAAAUUAAUUAGAGAUUUCAAAAAGUUGUAAUAUAUGAGAUUAAAGUCGUUACAUCACUUAGGCUAAUUUCACGAAAUAUCCAUCGAUGCAGUGUGGCUAAUUUGAGCUAAAUUAGCUGCUAUGUACUUUGCGUAGUGCUGAAUUGCUUCCAUUGAAAUGAACCAACUCGGAGCUACGAGGAAAUAUAAUUGUGAGUCAUUGAAUUGAUUAUAAUUUAUUGUGGAUGUGCUAAAAGAUACUGUAUUUUUUGGGCUAUUAAAAAAGAUACUGUAUUUUUUUGGGCUAUUAAGUUGCACCAGCCCAAAAAUGUGCCAUGAAGAGGAAUAAUACAUGGCGCUCUGGAGUAUAAAUCACAUUUUGGGGAGGUCAUUUAAUCAGAGACCAAGCACAAAUAUAUAUUGUAGUAGUAAUAAAAAGGAAACGUGCUAGAUGGGAAUCUGUUAACAUAUUAUUCAUAUAACACAUUUUUGAUUUUACUCCAAAUCACUACCAAAUUCAAGUCUUCCAUCUUCAGUAUCACUUUUGAACAACUGCACCAACUCAAAAGUAGAGGGCGCGCCUCUAGUAUCAGUAUCGACAUAUAAAUCACACCUGAGUAUUGGUCGCAGGCAUAGCCAAACUGGGGGGAAAAAAGUGAGAAUUAUAGUCCGGAAAAUUCACGAGAUGAUCGCAAUAUUGUUAAUUUCAACAGAGGUGGUGAUACGCUACGUGACGUAUAUAGUAGCUAAGUUAGCCACAAUGAAUGCAUGCAUAUUACAAGAAAAUACGCACUCUGACAAAUUUAAUCUUGUAAUUAAAGUUCGUAACAUCGCAAAGUUUUCCUUGUUACUUUGUGAAAUUAACACUUCUACUACGUAGUUGCGUAGUAUUACUUUUUUCUCGUAAUAUUACGACUAUUCUCGUCAUAAAAAUUGUAAUGUUUCAAGUUUAGCGUUGUAUUAUCACAAAUCGUAAUACGAGAUUUAAAAAGCGGCUAAUUUAGCUACUAGUCGCUAUGUACUUUGAGUAGCGCUGAACCGCCUAUGUUAAAAAGAAUAAAAGCUACAAUGAAGUAUCAAUUUGAUUGGUUGUUCUUUGAUGUAGAUGAUCUCUAUGUGUAACAUUGUGAAAUACAGCCUCACGAGAGAAUUGCAAUAUUGUUAAUUUUAUUGGAGGAGGCGGAGCGCUACGGGAGGUAGAUAGCUAAAUUAGCCACAAUGUGUACAUACAUAUUCCGCAAUAUGACGCCUUUACUCAAUAAGUUUACGUAACAUUGCGACAUUUUCCUUGUUAGUACGUUAAACAACAUAACAUUACACUUUUUAUAGUAUUUUUUUCCUCGUAAUUCGAGUUUUUAUAUUUUUGCACCCAAGUUCAAGCCGAGAGUACUGAUCCGAUAUAUCGGCAAUUAUUUGUUUAAAAAAAUACUGGGUGUCGUGAUUGUUGUUUGGAUUUCUAGCUAUUAUAAAAAUCUUAAAAAUAAUCUUUUUCCACCUUUUUCCGAUAUUCUAAAAAAUGUUGCGUAGUACAAAACGUACAUUUUUUGUUUCUUUUGAUAAAAUCCUUGUACACUUAUUUUGUGGCUUUGUAGCCCUUAAGUAGAAUAAAACUAAUAUUUUAAAAACCCGAUCUUUUUCACCCGAUUACGAUCUACUAAAAAUAAGGUGAUCAACCCGAUUUACGAUCAUGUGAUUGGAUUGGGGAUAUUCCUCCUCGAAAUAUUAUGACUUUAUUCUAGUUGUCCUAUUUUUUCUUUGUUUGGCGCUAAUACUUGGACAUACAAAGAUGAAUCUGAUAACAUAGAGGAAGCUAGUGAAUAUGUGAACCUACACUGCAAUUAGAUUUACGUCAUACUCAUUUAAGCGCUCCUUGAUGGGGAACAAUUUGUGCAGAAAGUGCUGAAACGAACACUUCGACACUUGCAUUCCUAAAAGUUAGAAGUCAAAAUAACUGCUUUUAACAUGUAAACAUAUUUUUUCAAAACUUUUUCUCUGUCCAACUAAAGCAGUCCAAACCUUGUCGCGGGCCAGAUUUGGCCCUUGGGCCUUCAGUUUUACACAAGUUCCACCAAGUCUCUAAAUGUUACCAAAAAGCAAAUGAAUAGACAAAACUGUGGAAAUAAUUACAAAAUGUUCAGAUGUUAAUAAUUUAUUUCAUAAAGUAGUAAAGACAAUUUGUGGACAUCCUGUAUUGGGGAAACGAGUUCACCAUCUCAUAGGGGUAAUAUGAGACUUUGCUUUAUGUACUUAAGGAUAUCCAUGUCAAUAUCAAAACAUAUCUUGAACAAAAAAAGACCUGUUCCAAUCUUUUUGACUGAUUUUAUUAUUCAGGUGUCCCAACAUUUGUUUCCACUAAAAAAAACUGCGCUGAAUAAAUCCCUGAAUUGAAAUUCAUCACCAUUUGGAUUCAUGAUAAAACAUUGUAAGCACAAAAUCCAGCAUGCAGUUCAUAUAAGUAAGCCAGACCUAUUGUUUUAAGUCUUCUGAGGGACUGAAAAACCAAAACAUGCUGCUUUUGUGCCGUUUCAUGACUCUGGACAGUCAUUGUCUUGUGUGUUUCACUUAGACUUAGUGCAAGAUGAUUAUUUCAUCAUCAAUAUGCCUCAUAAAGAUUUUACCAGA